AUGACUACUUCAAGAGAAAGUUUCCUUUUCACUUCUGAAUCCGUUGGUGAAGGUCACCCAGAUAAGAUUUGUGAUCAAGUCUCAGAUGCUAUCUUAGAUGCUUGUUUAGCUGUUGAUCCUUUAUCCAAGGUUGCUUGUGAAACUGCUGCUAAAACCGGUAUGAUUAUGGUUUUUGGUGAAAUCACUACCAAGGCUCAAUUAGAUUACCAAAAAAUUGUUAGAGACACUAUUAAACACAUUGGUUACGACCAUUCCGACAAGGGUUUCGACUACAAGACCUGUAAUGUCUUAGUUGCCAUUGAACAACAAUCUCCAGAUAUUGCUCAAGGUUUACAUUACGAAAAGGCUUUAGAAGAAUUAGGUGCUGGUGAUCAAGGUAUUAUGUUUGGUUACGCUACUGAUGAAACUGAUGAAAAAUUACCAUUAACCAUCUUAUUAGCUCACAAAUUAAAUGCUGCUUUAGCUUCUGCUAGAAGAUCUGGUGCUUUACCUUGGUUAAGACCAGAUACUAAGACCCAAGUCACUGUUGAAUACGAAAAGGAUGGUGGUGCUGUUAUUCCAAAGAGAGUUGACACCAUUGUUAUUUCUACUCAACAUGCUGAUGAAAUCUCUACUGAAAAGUUGAGAACUGAAAUUAUUGAACACAUCAUUAACCAAGUCAUUCCAGAACAUCUUUUGGAUGAAAGAACUGUCUACCACAUCCAACCUUCUGGUAGAUUCGUCAUUGGUGGUCCUCAAGGUGAUGCCGGUUUAACUGGUAGAAAGAUUAUUGUUGAUACUUAUGGUGGUUGGGGUGCUCAUGGUGGUGGUGCUUUCUCCGGUAAGGAUUUCUCCAAGGUUGAUAGAUCUGCUGCUUAUGCUGCUAGAUGGGUUGCUAAAUCUUUAGUUCACGCUAAGUUAGCUAGAAGAGCUUUAGUUCAAUUCUCCUAUGCUAUUGGUGUUGCUGAACCAUUAUCUAUCUACGUUGAUACUUAUGGUACUUCUGAAUACUCUUCUGAUCAAUUAGUCGAAAUCAUCAAAAAGAACUUCGACUUGAGACCAGGUGUCAUUGUCAAGGAAUUAGACUUAGCUAGACCAAUCUACUUCAAGACUGCUUCCUACGGUCAUUUCACCAACCAAGAAAACCCAUGGGAACAACCAAAACCAUUGAAAUUAUAA